AAAAAAAAAAGAUAGAGAGGGAAAAGAGAGAAAGAGAGUUAUGUCAAUGUGAAUGUAUGUGAGUGAGUGAUGGCGCGUCUUCUUCUACUUCGUCCUUCUCUUCUUCCUCGCUUCAUGGCCUCUCGCUUUUUCAUCGCCUCUUCCUUCCAUGCUCUUUCUUCUUCUUCUUCAUCCCUUCCUGUUUCUACUCAUUCCACUCUAUUUCAACCCAGGACGAGUUUUCGUCUGAGAAAGUUGUCAAUUCCACAUUUGGUGGCACCAAAUGCUGUCACUCCAGGGGCGUACUUGUCGUCUGUCUCAACAACUGAAGCUUUUCAGAAAAAUGAAAGUUCCAAAGCUUAUGGUUCUGAACAAAUUCAGGUACUUGAAGGCUUGGACCCUGUAAGAAAAAGGCCCGGGAUGUAUAUUGGAAGCACUGGCCCGCGUGGGUUGCAUCAUUUGGUCUAUGAAAUUUUGGAUAAUGCUGUUGACGAAGCUCAAGCUGGAUUUGCUUCCAAGAUAGAUGUUGUUUUACUUGCAGAUGAUUCUGUGAGCAUCACUGACAACGGUCGCGGGAUUCCUACUGACUUGCAUCCAGUUACAAAUAAAUCUUCCUUGGAGACAGUGUUGACGGUCUUGCAUGCUGGUGGAAAAUUUGGUGGCGCCAACAGUGGCUACUCUGUUUCUGGAGGUUUACAUGGGGUUGGUUUAUCUGUUGUUAAUGCCUUGUCUGAGGCACUAGAGGUAACAAUUUGGCGUGAUGGAUUGGAAUACAUGCAAACAUAUUCUCGUGGGAAGCCAACGACAAUUCUGAAAUGCCUUGUGCUUCCUGUUGAAAAGAAAGAUCUUCGUGGGACACGUAUAAGAUUUUGGCCUGACAAAGAAGUAUUCACCACUGCUAUUCAGUUUGAUUACAACACAAUAGCUGGACGCAUUAGGGAGUUGGCAUUCCUCAACCCAAAGCUUACUAUCACGCUGCAGAAAGAGGACAGUGAUCCAGAAAAAAAUCAAUAUAAUGAGUAUUUCUAUGCUGGGGGAUUGGUUGAAUAUGUGAAGUGGCUUAACACUGAUAAGAAAGCUCUUCAUGAUGUUCUGAGUUUUAGAAAAGAAAUAGAUGGAAUCGCAAUUGAUAUAGCUUUUCAAUGGUGUGAAGAUGCAUAUUCAGAUACAAUACUGGGAUAUGCUAACAGUAUACGCACUGUUGACGGGGGCACCCAUAUCGAUGGUAUGAAGGCUUCUUUAACAAGAACACUAAAUAAUCUUGGAAAGAAGUCAAAAGUUAUCAAGGAAAAGGAUAUUACUUUAAGUGGUGAGCAUGUGAGAGAGGGUCUAACAUGUGUUGUCUCAGUCAAGGUCCCAAAUCCAGAGUUUGAAGGACAAACGAAGACAAGGUUAGGAAAUCCAGAGGUGCGGAGAGUGGUUGAUCAAUCUAUGCAAGACUAUCUUACCGAGUAUUUGGAAUUGCAUCCAGAUGUUCUUGAUUUAGUACUUUCUAAAGCUCUGAAUGCUUUCAAGGCAGCUCUGGCGGCAAAAAGAGCAAGGGAAUUGGUGAGACAAAAGAGUGUAUUGAGAUCUUCAUCUCUUCCGGGAAAACUAGCUGAUUGUUCAUCCUCAAAUCCGGAAGAAUGCGAAAUCUUUAUAGUUGAAGGUGAUUCAGCUGGAGGAAGUGCUAAGCAAGGGCGUGACAGGGGCUUCCAGGCCAUUCUCCCUCUGAGGGGUAAGAUUCUGAAUAUUGAAAGGAGGGAUGAGGCAGCAAUGUACAAAAAUGAAGAGAUCCAAAAUUUGAUUCUUGGUCUUGGUCUUGGAGUGAAGGGAGAGGAUUUUAAAAAGGAUGCACUCCGAUAUCAUAAGAUUAUUAUUUUGACUGAUGCUGAUGUAGAUGGUGCCCACAUCCGAACUCUGCUACUGACAUUUUUCUUCAGAUAUCAGAGAGCUUUGUUUGAUGAAGGUUGCAUAUAUGUUGGUGUUCCACCAUUGUACAAGGUUGUAAGGGGAAAACAAGUGCACUAUUGCUAUGAUGAAGCUGACCUUAAAAAGCUCCAAAGCUCAUUACCUCCUAAUGCAUCAUACAACAUGCAAAGGUUCAAAGGGCUAGGAGAGAUGAUGCCUUUACAAUUAUGGGAGACAACCAUGGAUCCAGAACGCAGGUUACUGAAGCAACUAAAGGUUGAGGAUGCAGCUGAAGCAAAUAUUGUAUUUUCCUCUCUGAUGGGUGCUCGGGUGGAUGUUCGGAAGGAGCUCAUACGAAAUUAUGCAAACAUGAUUGAUCUUGAUCAGCUAGAUAUUUGAUGGUACAGCUAGAUUUGGAGAAAUGGAAGGGUCUUAGUAACCAUACACUACAAUAUAUUCAGGCACAAUUUUUUUUUCUAUAUGCGGUGUUGUGGACUGCUUAGACGUCUUAAUUGAAGCAAGGUCCCUGUUUUCUUCUUGGUGCCAUUUGGUGAUUUAAAAGCACUGUUCACAGGGCACAAGUGGAGCUGUCAAUUGCAGCUGCUGGGAAAUAUUUGGGAGGAGGCUUGUUGGAGGUCUAAUUUUAUUUCUACAAAUCUGACAAAUGCAUAUUUUUCUGCCCCACCUAUAUCUGAUCCUUCAUUUUUGCAAUUGUAUGUGUAAUAUAUUCGUGUACUUAAAAUGUUACUCUUUUUAAGUUACCAGCUCCUGAACUCGUGUUUGAUAGUGCCACAUUGUAAAACGUAACUGGGUGGGGUAUUUAUUUUGCAGGGUUAUUAAUUCCUAGAAUUUGAACUUUUUGGCCAUAAUUAUGCUUGAAUGGUGAAUGAAACAUGUGC